GAGCGCGGCGCCACAGUGGGUCGUGCGGCGGGCGUUCGACUUGCAACCAGGGGGCGCGAUUUUCGUCGACUCCGGCAAGGCGGGGGAACCCUGGCAUGAGCGCCCGGCGCUGGCGCAGGUUGCGGGCGCCAUGCACGUGAUCGCCACGCCUGAUCGGGACGCCUAUGAGGAGACCUACGACACGGAGCACGCGGCGGACUUCACGCAGGCGGGCCCACGCGGUGGGCCGCCGACCGGGCUGGGGGCGGCGCGAGGGCAGCCGGCGCAUCGCUUCGCCAACCGCGCUGCGGGGGGCGAGAGGGCAGCUCUGUUCGAGGAGGCGCAGGAGAUGGCUGCGCAGCUGCGCGAGGAGAUGGGCCUGGCGCUGGGCGAGCCGGGGCCAGAGGCGGAGCCGGGCGUCGUGUGCUCCUUGCCGGACCACCUGGACACGCCUUCGGAGCUCUUCAGCGGCGCGGGGGCCCACGGCCUCUACGAUCUCGGGAGGCGAGGGGAGUCGGCCAUCAUGGCGCGCUUGGAACCAGGUCAGGAGGUGAAGGAGGCGCUGCGCAUCUUCGGCGGGCGGGCGGAGUCUGGGGGCGCGAUCGGCGGCUCCAAGACUCCGGCGGCGGCGGCGGAGGAUGCGAGGGCCCUGUGCAUCAUGCGGGGCUCGGUGGGCAGGAGGGUUCGGACCGUGCGAAGCGUGGCGGAGAGCGCUUGCCUCAGAGACUUCGACGACUGGGUGCUCUCAGGUCCGCGUACCACGCUCUACGUCGUCGGAGAUAUUGCGAAGAUGGGUGGGGGGCCAGCGCAGCGCCACGCGACUCGGAAGCACGAGAACAAGCUCAAUGAUGAUGAGCAUAAUGUGGCGGCUCACGAGAUGUCGCCAGAGAUCUUGGAGCCGGCCUGCACCUACGACCAGGCGGGCGCGGCCAACUUGGCCUGUUUGGAAGCGCUGGCGAGGCGCAUGCAGUUCAUCGAGCACAUGAUCAAGAAGAAGAUGGAGACGGCGAAGGACUUGGACUCGCAAGUCUACUACCUGGGCCGCACGCGUCGGACUGGCGGGGCCAUCGUCAGCCCGGAGUUGCUGAAGUGGGCUGCGGAGUCGGCGGCCCGGGAUUCGGCCAUCUUGAAGGCACAAUUUUCCGCUGUGGACAUGAUUUGGCAGGCGGUCUCUGACGACAUCCCGCCGAGCGACGUUCCCAGCCCCGCGGCAGCCCUGUCGGAGUUGCUCGGCACCGAGACUUUGGAUUACGGCCCAGAGGGCUCUACUGUGGUUGCGCCGUUUGAACGUGGUCUGGUUUCGUGGCCUGAGUCGGCGGGCUGCGUUAGCUUGCUGGAUGUGCUGCCGGAGUUGGACUACCAGGAGGUGCUCAAUGGUAAACAUUCGUCGCCGCUUCUUGCUGAUGAGGUUCGCCCAGAGCCGGCCAAGGUUUACUGGGAUAAGACCCCGCGCAGCGACAGAGGCGAGUACGUGAACUUCGUCCACGAGCUGCUCAGGCGGAACAUGGUGCGGCCGACCUCCAUCCACUUGGCGCCCACGGCAGCUGCGGCUGGCCUCGAGGCCGAGCCUGGCGACAAGCUGGAGUUCUCCAUCCAGGCUAUCGCGGACUGCUUCUACCAGUUCAGGGCGCCUGACUACAUGGCCCCGUGGUCCGGCACGCGGCCCGUGAGAGCGUCGGAGUUGGGGGCGAGCGCGGCGGAGGAGCAGGAGGCGACUCGAGGGGCUUGGGUGCGCCCAUGCCUGAAGGCGCUGCCGAUGGGCUUCUCGUGGGCGACGCGGUGGACUCAGCAAGCACAUCGCGAAUUACUUCGGCGAGGAGGUCUUGGAGGCAUCGAGGGUGAGCUGGUUCAUCGACAAGUGGCCCCCAGCGUGACGGCAGAGCCGGUGCCCAGGGCGGCGCACGUAGAUAACGAGAUCUUCGCUUCGAACAAGGCAGGCGCCACCGUGAAGGCGCGCAGGCAGGCCGCCAGCAUGGCGGCAAGCGUCGGGCUGCCGCUUCACAAGGUCGAGGAGGGCAAGAACGUGGCGGAGGCGCUGGGCCUGGAGCUGGAUGGCAUCAAGCUUUGGGCCAGGCUGGCGCAGGCGAAGCGCUGGCGCCUGGCGCAGGGCGCGCGGGCGCUGCUGCGGCGCCGCAGAGUAGCAGGCAGGGAGGUGGAGAAGAUGGUGGGUCAGUUCGCCCACGCCAUGCUGCUGAACGCGCCGGCGCUCAGCGCGCUCAGGUCGGUGCGCGACUUCGCGCGCAAGCACUACCGCCAUCCUGCGCCGCUGUGGCCUUUGGUCAGGCGGGAGCUCGCCAACGCCAUGGGCCUGCUCCCGUUGCUGGCGGUGCAGUUCGGCUUGCCGUCGUCAGGCACCGCGACGCGCUCGGACGCCGCGCUCCGGGGCUAUGCGGUGCAGGAGGCAAUGAUCGACCAGCAGGCGGUGCGCGAGGUGGGCCGCUGGAGCGAGCGCUGGCGGUUCCGCGUCGAGCAGGCGCGGCGGCCACGGGAGCUGGCACUCGGAGGCGUGAACGAGAGCGCAGCGUCA